GCUCUGUACUGUUCCUGGCAAAAAGCUCUAACUUCAAGGCUUCCCAUGGUGUCCUCACCGGAACCAGGUGCUCCUGAUACAGCGAUGGAAGAUACAGUAAACGAACUUGUAGAAAGGGGCCAAGAUCUCGUCGACAGUAUUCUCGAUCGCGCACCGUUCCAGUCCAUCGUAGACAAAAUUCAAGCAGGAGCUCCUGUUUGGUUUCAAGAUGAUGAGGGGCUGUCUCCGUUGCAUGCUGCAGCAUAUAUUGAGAACGCAGAGCUUUUGAAAUAUCUACUAGAUGAGGGUGCAGUAUGGAAUGCAGUGGAUAACUUGCAUAACAGCGCAGGAGAUGUUGCGUUAUCCUUAAAUAACGAAGAGUGUUACACGCUUAUUAGAGACGCUGGUAUCCGUUCAGAAAUGCUCCUGACCUUGCUGUCCAAGCGGGACGUUCAAAUCGAGUCGCCAUACUCACUUGUCCUGAAGGCUUCGGAUACUACAGCAGCAGGCUCUACUGAUACUUUCCUCACAUCAAAACUGCGUUAUACCACCGAUGAACAUGGACAAGAUAUCUGUCUUCUCACCCUCGAAGACGGCGAAGAAGUCGGUGUCAUGAUGGGUUGGGAACGAGGCAUCAUGCAGCAGACGGUUCGAAAACUUUGUUCUGAUCAUCCAAACCUAAGUCGGGGACUGAAAGUUCUCAAUAUUGGUUUCGGGCUUGGAAUAAUCGAUUCUCUCUUUCAAGUGUUGCUCACCCCACCAUCCGAGCACGUCAUCAUCGAAGCGCACCCGGAUGUACUUCAACACAUGAGAGAAACCGGGUGGUACGACAAAAAGGGUGUCACCAUCCUAGAGGGGAAGUGGCAGGACCAUAUUGAGGCCCUUCAUAUACCAGGCUUCGAUGUCGUCUAUACUGACACGUUCUCGGAAGAUUAUCUUGAAUUGCACAAAUUCUUCGAGAUUCUUCCUGAUCUUCUUGAAGGUCCCGAGUCUCGAUUCAGCUUCUUCCACGGUUUGGGUGCAAUGAACGCCCUAUUCUACGACGUUUAUACCCACGUAUCUGAGAUGCACUUGGCCGAUGUUGGGGUUGAUGUAGAAUGGAGCGAGGUUGAUGUUUUUGCGGAUACUCGGGAGAGAUGGGGCAAAACAAGGGAGUAUUUCGCGUUGCGGCUGUAUCGACUUCCAAUUGGCAAGAUGCGAACUGUGUAAUCCUAAUUUUGUCAAUGCGGUGCAUAGCCAGCAUUUCGGGAAGUACAUGUCGUUGUCGGACUAAUUGAAUUACGCGUUUCCUUU